CGCCCGGUGAGCGCAGGAGUCUGCCCAUUCCCGUCAGGAUGAGCUGGUGGCACAGGCAAGGGAACCUGUGGCAGAGGCGGACAUUGCCCCUCCCGCCAAGCGAGGCAGGGGCCGUCCCCUCAGCUUUCCAGGUGAAAAUGUCUGCUCCAGGAUUGUACCAGGCGGCCGCUGGGCCUUCGAUCCCCACCGCGCCCCCGACCUAUGAAGAGACGGUGGCCAUUAACAGUUACUUCCCCACGCCUCCUGCGCCCAUGCCUGGGCCCACCACCGGGCUUGUGACUGGCCCUGAUGGGAAGGGCAUGAACCCUCCUGGAUACUACACCCAGCCCGUGUCCGUCCCCAACGCCAAUCCAAUUACCGUGCAGACGGUCUACGUGCAGCAGCCAGUCUCCUUUUUCGACCGCCCGGUCCAGAUGUGUUGCCCUUCCUGCAACAAGAUGAUUGUGACCCAGCUGUCCUACAACGCCGGUGCCCUCACCUGGCUCUCCUGCGGGAGCCUGUGCCUGCUCGGGUGCAUCGCGGGCUGCUGCUUCAUCCCUUUCUGCGUGGACGCCCUGCAGGACGUGGACCAUUACUGUCCCAACUGCAAAGCUCUCCUGGGCACCUACAAGCGUUUGUAGGACUCGACCGGACCUGGAGGGAGCCGUGCGUGGCAGGAAGUCCUUCCCGACUCUCACCCGCUCCACCCCCGACGGAGGGCCCACCUCGGUGGUCUCAUCUCUCUGUCUCUUCGUGUCUUCUUUUUUUGGGGGGAAAUAUCACAAAAGCAACACACUUCCCAGACCCCAGAAACUGCUGCUUGGAGUCGUGCACAGGACAUGCAAAGACAUUGACCUUGAGGACUGGGUCAAGGGUUUCCUGCCUGCCCACGACCCAAGCCGUCCGUCUAACUGUGAUGGUUGCCCUGCCUGAAUACCUUCUGGUGAUUGGCCUUGCCAGCUUCUUUCUCACCUCAGUGGGCCUUUCCGGUGGCAGCUCAGACUGAGAAGCCACAGGUGGCCUUAUUUUUGAGACCGUUCUGGCCUGAAUAGGACUCAGCCGACCGGUGGUGCUGCCAUCGCACCCAUCUGAUCUCACGUCCGAUGGCAGAAAUCUUGCCUUAAGGCCUUGGCUCUCAGAUUCCGUAACUGCAGGCUUUCUGCUCGCACAAAAAUUCACUUUCAUUUUCUACUUCAUUUUUAACGACCUGGAGGGACCCCUCACAGCCCCCAGACCCACACCCACGAGGUCAUAGAUGCGUGCUAGGGGUACGGAGCUGGCCCUCGUCACCGAGCAGCUUCCCUCGGUUCUGGGUGCCAGACCCUCAGCCACUUUUCAUGAAGGGCUUUUUCUUGUGGAGAAAUUAUUUGUAUUAACAGUUUUUAUGACCUUUUGGCCUUAAACACCUUGGAACAUAAUUUUGACAGAAGGGAUUUAUAGAACCAUUUUCCGUGACCAUAUCAUCGGUGUCAUUUUCCCUUUUGCCAGGGCACUCUCAUAUGCAUAUUUUUUUCCUUAAUAGAAAAAGCAAUGGGUCAUCGCAUCCCCUGCCUUUCCUUGGGUUUUAGUGUGGUCCUUACGAAUCUCUAUCAGGGAACUCAGAGCGGGGCCCCUUUGGGGUUCCUGGGGAUGUGUUUGGAAAGACAAGGAAAAGCAUGUGUGAGCACAUCGGGUACCACGGUGCUGAAAAGCUUGGGACCUGAGUGAUAGCAAGGGAAUCUAAAGUCUGAUUUUAGUUUUCAGAAAUGGAAUUUGUUGUGUAACCUCAGGAGACAUGAUUUCUAGGACUCGCGCAGCGAGCCAGGGUUCUCGGGGCGCUGCUGUGUCAUCUCUGAAGUCAAGACAAAGCCGGACUCGACUUCCCAGAGUCCCCAUUUUGAUAAUAAAUAGGUCCAAGGAGUGCAUGUGAAUAAUAUUAUUUAGAAACCAAGCCUCGUCCUUGAAUGAAAAUCUGUAAUCGGCUGAAAAUUAGUCAUAAUCGUUGAUUCAGUGUAUCCGUUUGAUGUCUUGAAAGUUUUCAGUAAUUAUUUUCUCAACGAAUAUGGAUACUACAUCGUACUUUGGUGUUUAUCUGCUUUUAAAAAAAUAAAGGCUUUGGUUCACUUGGUGAACUAUUUAUCAGUUC